AAAAUAAUGUCGAUUUCAUGCCUGGUAAAUUGAAGUCUGCAGAUGAACAGUGUAUAGAAGCUGGAAUGAAGGGAUUUUUUGCUCAAAUUGCAGAAGAAUGUAUAAUAGCUUGUAAUAAUGAAAGCGACAGUAUUUUCAAUGAAGACAACGAACCUUCAUUAGAUUAUGAAGUAAAAAAUAUUUUAACAGACGUGAGCUUCGCAGAAAUAACCGCUCAAGAUGGAUAUGAGUGCAUAGAUGGAUACUGUCUUGGUGGACAGUGUAUCCCUAAUCACGAUACUAACACUACGCUUAGUAAUAGUAGAUUUUCUUCAAAUAAUUCCAAUCGACAGGAAUUGUUGGUGCCAAAGGAUGUACCGCUUUUGUUCCUUGAAGCUUUAUUUCAAUUGGCAGACGAAGAAUGCAAGAAUGCUAGAACUUCAGGGGCUAGCAAAGUCUCUCCCACAGAUUGUGUUUUACAUUGCAUGGUACCGUCGAUAAAUUCAACUGCUUAUCAAAUUUUACCAAUUGAAGCUCCAAAUGGUUUUCCUUGUAGUAAUAAUGGAGUAAGUUUUCUUUCUAUAUUUAAUCUGAUUACAUUAUUUAUUUUAAUUUAUUUAUAAUUAUUAUUCAAUUUAUCAAUCUGAAUUGUUUUGCAGAUUUGUCUCAAUAGGAUUUUUAUGAAAGUAA